UCCAGGGCCCCUCUGGAUACCAGCCUUAAGGCUGAUUGGGCCACCCUGGUAAAAUAAAGCUUACCCUCUUACCCCUUAUGUAACUACGCCUUUGCGAAAUAUUAUCGUUUUAUUUUUUCUUUAGUAUUUUACAUUACAGUAUUCAGUGAGACAGUUCAGUUAAAUAAAAUUUAUAAAAUUGCCAAACACAACGGCCAAAAGUAUGCAUGAUUACGCCCUAUUUUUUCUUUAGUAUUUUACAUUACAGUAUUCAGUAAGACAGCUCAGUUAAAUAAAAUUUAUAAAAUUGCCAAACACAACGGCCAAAAGUGUGCAUGAUCUCGUCCUAGCUCACUUUCUUGUUCUUUCUUAUUAAAUAUCAUACGAUAAAAUCUCUUUUUUUCUUCGAAACUAACAAACGGCCCUUAACCAAUGGCUCUCCGAAAUAUGCACCACCCUACAUCCAGGAACGCAAAGAACAACAACCUCAUCCUUGUUCACGACAGGACUCACUCAGCUAG